AUGUGGUUCCUUAAGCGUUUUACGGACAUGUCUUCACAAAGCUCCAGUAUCAAAUACCAAUCCCUCACUGGCUCCCAAUCAGAUGAAGCCGAAAUCAAGCCCUUAUUCCUCGCCCGUAGUUGGGUAAAUUGGGCGGCAUUUCCCUUGUUGGCCAUUGUCGCCCUGGUGAUGAUUUUCUUGGCUGGCAGGCAGUCUGCACUUAAAUCCUACCUGAAUGAAAGCCACGGUCUUCUUGUACCCCCCGGAACUGUUCAUCAAGUCUGGGAGCACAACCUCACCUUCUCUCAACGGCCAACGCCCGAGUCGGAGGCCGCUUGGGACUCGCUCAUACCGGUUGGCCGUGGAUUCGUACAUCACCCUCAACUAGCCCCGUUCGUGGCCAACAUUGCAGUUUUUCAUCAACUUCACUGCCUGCAUGCUAUCCGCGUUGCAUAUUAUACAAUUCAUAAUGACACUUCCAUUGAUGAUGGCCACCUGCGACACUGCUUUGACUACCUCCGCCAGGCUCUGAUGUGCGCGGCCGACACUAAUCUCGAGCAUGUCAAUCGCGAGACACGUAUCACUACUGGCUGGGGGUCAGACAAGUUGUGUCGUGACUACGGGCAGGUGGUUGACUGGGCGGUGCAAUGGGCGAAUUCCUCCGAUACGGGGAUCAUGAAUCUACUAGAAAUGUCUUCUGCUCACCGCGUUCCGUUGAUCAUCCAUGGGGAGGAGGAGGCCGGCGAGAGUGCCUUCGAUGUAAUCAGCCCCUAUACAAACAAGACCUGUUGGACAGCAGCAUCUGCAACCCCAACAGAUGCCAUUCGCGCCAUCGAGUCUUCCGAGCGCGCAUUCCCAGCGUGGUCAAGCACCAAGCCUACCGUGAGACGAGAUAUUCUGCUCAAGGCUGCUGAUAUUCUCGAGUCGCGCCUCGAGCAAAAUGCCGAGUUUAUGAGAGUAGAGAUGGGCGCUGAUGUUGCUUCUUCUACCGGCUUUGUUGCCCCGCUGGGCAUUAAAAUGCUGCGUGAUAUUGCUUGUCGCAUUACUUCUGUCUGUGGCCAUGUUCCAGUGGUCGAAGCAGAGGGCCAAAGUGCAAUCGUGUACCGAGAGCCGAUGGGCGUGAUCCUGGGUAUAGUUCCUUGGAAUGCUCCAUAUGUGUUUGCAAUCCGCGCGGCCGCGUGCGCUCUAGCAGGAGGGAAUACCACUGUCAUCAAGUCGUCCGAGCAGACGCCUCGCUGCUAUUAUGCCGUGGCACGCGCCUUUCUCGACGCCGGCCUGCCUGCUGGGUGCUUUAAUCUGGUUUCAACGCGGCCUCAAGAUGCGCUUGUCGUUGUCAAUACCAUGAUCGAACAUCCAGCGAUUCGCAAGGUCAAUUUCACCGGUAGCACGGCGGUUGGUCGAAAGGUGGCAGCCUUGUGUGGACAGAAUCUUAAGCCGUGCUUGAUGGAGCUCGGGGGCAAAAAUAACGCUAUUGUGUGCGAAGAUGCCAAUCUUGAGACCGCGGCGUUAGCUGUCUUGAUGGGUGCUUUUAUCAAUUCGGGGCAAAUCUGCAUGUCGACGGAUCGCAUUAUACUGAACUCUGCCAUUGCCCAAGACUUCAACAUCAUCUUCAAAAAGAUGUUUGACGGAUUUUUUUCCGAACUAGCGCCGACGAUCGUCAGUAUGGCCGCGAAGAAACGAGUCAGUGCUCUGAUAUGCGACGCCCUCUCGGCAGGCGCAGAAGUUGCCCAUGGAGUGUUCAAUGGCGAUAUCGAGUCCGACCCGGCCAGCGUGCGCAUGCCGCCCGUGGUCCUGGGAAAUGUCAACGAAAGUAUGCGCGCGUGGCAAGAAGAAUCAUUUGCUUCGUUCGCGGCAUACAUGGUAGUCGACAGCGACGACGAAGCGAUUCGCCUGGCCAAUGCAGGUGGCUAUGGUCUGUCUGCGGCUGUUUUCACGGAGGAUCUUCGCAAAGGGCUGGCAAUGGCCAAGAAAAUCCAGUCAGGCGCCGUGCACAUCAACAGCAUGACGGUCCAUGAUGAACCAGCCCUUCCACAUGGCGGAGUGAAGAAUAGCGGAUGGGGCCGUUUUAACACGGAGGAAGGCGUGAAGGAGUUUUUGGCGACGAAGAGCGUCACCUGGAUGGAUUGA